AUGCUUGAGCUCUUCAACGAACUUUCGACCACCGACUCCUAUCCAGCAUCGUGUCUGGUCAUUCCGAUCCCGAAGACUAACGAAACAACGAAAGAUGCGACGAAGUUCCGGCCCAUUGCCCUCACCUCCUGCAUGAGCAAGGUGUUCGAGCGGAUGGUGAACCGGAGAUUGAAGACCUUUCUGGAGACGAAUAGCUUGCUCGAUCACCGGCAACACGCCUUCCGUCAAGGAUGCGGCACCUCUACCUAUUUUGCCACACUGGGAGACGUGCUGAAAGAUGCCUUCGACCAGGGACACCACACCGAAAUCGUUUCGCUUGACAUCUCCAAGGCUUUCAACCGAACCUGGACUCCGGCCGUACUUGCCCAACUCGUCCGUUGGGGACUUAAGGGACACAUGGUCCACUUCGUUCGGAAUUUCCUCACCGACCGCUCCUUUCGCGUCGCCAUCGGUAACGCCAAAUCCAGCAGCUUUCGGGAAGAAACGGGGGUCCCCCAGGGAUCCGUGAUCUCUGUCACGCUUUUCUUAAUUGCGAUGAACGGUGUCUUUAACCGGCUACCCAAGAACGUGCACAUCUUUGUGUAUGCCGAUGACGUACUCAUCGUGGUAACCGGGCCCACCACAAUCCGCACCAGGAACAUAGCGCAAGCUGCCGUCACAGCCGUCGUGAAAUGGGCCGAAACAGCUGGUUUCCAGCUCUCGGCCAGGAAAAGUGUUAGAUGCCACGUCUGCCCGUCCCGACACAGGGUAAGCGGGGCCGCCAUCAAGAUCGCCGAUCAAGCUAUCCCCGUUAGGAACUCCGUUCGGAUUCUGGGUGUUCUGGUGGACCGCACGUUGUCUUUCGUGCCCCACUUCAACCAGGUAAAGAAGGAUUGUAGAAGCAGGGUCAAUCUGGUCAGGACCAUUUCCAGGCCACACCGAUCCAACAACCGGGCAGUUCGCUUCCGUGUCUCGCAAGCCAUCAUCGACAGCCGGCUGCUGUACGGAACCGAACUUACGUGCAUCGCAUCGGAGAAGCAGGAGGAAAUUCUUGGCCCGACUUUCAACAGUUGUAUCCGGAUCAUUUCCGGUCUCCUACCUUCCACCCCCGCAGAUUCUGCGUGUGUUGAAGCAGGGGUUCUACCCUUUCGGUACCGCAUCAUAAACGCCACACUGUACAAAGCUGCAUCCUUCGCCGCCAAAACAGCAGGGAAUGGCAGAGUCUUCCUCCUCGACGAGGGGGAUAGAAUCAUGCAAUCGAUCGCCAGCAUCGACCUCCCCCCGGUGGCUAGGAUCCACUGGCACGGAGAGAAGAGUUGGCUCUCUUCCAAACUCAUAAUCGAAAACGCGAUCAAGAAUCGAUUCAAAGCAGGAGACAACUCUGUAGCCCUACGUUGCACAGUAGCUGAGCUUCUCAGGUCCAAGUUUACCGAUUUCACCCACCGGUACACCGAUGGUUCCCGAUCCAACACGGGCGUUGGCAUCGGAGUAUCCGGAAGUGGCAUACUCGUCAGCAACAGCCUACCACCGCAGUGCUCCGUUUACUCGGCAGAAGCGGCCGCGAUCUUCCACGCGGCCACUUCACCAGCUAAUCAACCAAUUCUUAUUUUAACAGAUUCGUACAGCGCUAUCCAGGAGCUCUGCUCGGCAACUCCCACCCACCCGUGGAUUCAGGCUACUGUCAAGUACGCACCCAGUAAUACCGUUUUUGCGUGGAUACCCGGCCACUGCGGAAUUCCCGGAAACGAGGCAGCCGACCAACUCGCUGGAACUGGACCGUCGGGUCCCAGAUUCACCGACAAAGUUCCCCUCCAGGACGUCAGACGGUGGAUUAAGGCCACCGUUCGGAAGGCAUGGACCGACCAAUGGGCCAGCACUCGAGGGCCUUUCAUCCGGAAAAUCAAGGGAACCACGGAGGCAUGGACGGACCUCCGAAACCUACCGGACCAGAGGAUACUCUCGAGGCUGAGGACUGGACACUGCCGUCUAUAUCUCAACUUCGGCGGAGGACCCUUCCGCAGGAGCUGCACUAUCUGCCACGUUCCGGCAACCGUCGAACACCUACUGUGUGUCUGCCCGGAAUUCCAGGACCUCCGGGAGACUUACGGGAUUACCUCCAGCAUCCGGAACCUGCUCGGAGAGGACUCGCCUGCUGCCGACGCCCUCCUGGAUCCUGGCAACAUACCUGACCUCUCUAAGGUAAUCCACGAAGCAGCCGUUGCAGCAAUCCCGAAGACCAGCAGCAUCCCGGGACGGAGAGCACUUCGAUGGCGGUCGAAAGACACUAAGGCAGCAGUUAAAGCCCGACGGAAAGCCCUCCGCAAGUUAAGAAGAACGAGCCUAGAUCAUCCCAGCAGAGACAGCAUCCUCGCACGAUACUGCGAACUAUACCUCCUAUGCCGGAAAACCAUCCGGAACGCGAAGCAGGACAGCUGGACAAGCUUCCUCGGUGGCAUCGACGCUUCUCAAUCCUCGGCGGACCUGUGGAAUCGGGUAAAUUCCCUGAGCGGGAAAAGACGUUCGGCCCCGCUGCAAGUUCAAUCCGGAAACAGCACCUUUUCCGAGUCAAUAGCCGUCGCUGACGAAUUGGGGAAGUAUUUCGCACAGCUUUCUGCUAUCUCCGGUUGCAACGAAAAAUUCCGGCACCACAAUAACGCCACGUCGGCUUCUAUCAUUAGCUUCUCCGUUCCGGCCGGUAACAACAACCUAACGGUCAAUGGGAACUUCUCGUGGGAAGAGCUGCAAUAUGCCCUAAGCAGGAGCAAGGUGCCCUCUACUAACCCAUCUACCGAUCGAAGGCCAAGUCCGUAUGCUUGA